AUGCACCAAAUGCUAUUCAUGAGUCGACAAGAACCAAGCGUUCUUUCGUCCUUCUUAGGACCCGCAUCGACCACCUCACAGGAUGCCGAGGACGAGGUGGAGAUAUACUACCAUGACAGCGGCGAUCUCUCAGCGGGAAAUCUGGAAGGAAACCUGGCUGUCCUCCCCGAAAUCCCGAUCUCGACGACCGCGAAGGUGAGCAUCGAGGAUCUGCAGGUGGGAGACUCAGGAUCGGCCACACCCGAGGAGAUCGAGAUGCUCCGGCAGAUAAUCUGGAAGAAGCGACAUCUUCUGAUCGGCAAAGGAAAUGGCUUACCCCUGGCGGCCUGGGGCGUCGUAUGUGAUAUCGAUGUGGGAAAUGCAAAACCGAUCGCGUUGCGAACCCGGAAAGUGCCCACACGAUUUCGCGAGAAAGUCGCAGGCCCAAUCAAGGGCCUCUUGGCAGCCGAGAUCAUCGGACCCUCGACAUCGCCAUGGGCUUCACCGAUCGUGAUCGUUCGCAAG